UGUAGAAUCAUGAGUGAUCUCUACUUAUUACACAUACACAGUCCUAUCUCUCGAUCUUACAGAGUUUAGGACUUUCCGCUAGUCUUUUAAGAAAGUGAAAAUGCUUAUAAAUUGGUCUAUUAAAUUAGUUUAAAAUAUGUUUUUAUUGCAAUAAAAUACUUUAGCAGAAAGUUGUGGCUGUGAGUGUGUUAUGAAAAAUUGUAUGCCAGGUUGUGUCAUGUUUAAAAUGUUUUUAUUGUUUGCAAUAUUUAUUGUCAGUACUUUAGCGGAAGAAGAAAAAGAAUCACCUUUGUUUUCCCUGAAGAGGAGAUUGGUUGAUUAUUACGCCAACCCCCCACAAACCGGGAGUGAGGUUCUAUGUUCAGCUGUGUUUUACCUGCAUGAGUUGACGAGGUUGCAAGAAGCUCUGACGGAAAAAGCGCACCAGAAGACGGCAAAAGACCUUUUGGUGAAACUUGACGAAGACGGAGGACCAAAACACCUCAAUAAGAUACCUUACAACAAGUUCAUCGACUUGUACACCUGGGAAGGGGAGGAGAUCUCAAACUAUCACACGAUUGUCACUCACACCCGAAGAGUGUGGGACGAACUUCGGGUGGACGUGCUGGGGAAAGAGGAAGUGUUCACGGGACCCGAAGAUGAUGGAGAGGAUUGAUAAGGAUGUUCACAUUUGAUAAACAGAGUGAAAUUGUGAAUCGUCUAUUAGAAGUUGUUAUAAUUUAGAUUCAGUGGAUUUCUAACAAACAGUUGUGCUUGUAGAGUUGAGAUUUGCUCAUGUAAUAUUCCUUGCUCUGGUUUCUUAAGUUAGAAUCGUAAUUAUUAGUCUGAAC